AGAAGGUGAAGCUGAAGCGGAAGCUGAUUUUGAAUGGGAACUCCAGAAUUUCCAGAUCUAGGCAAGCAUUGUGCCCUUGUUGAUUGCAAACAGAUUGAUUUCUUGCCUUUCACAUGUGAUCGCUGUAAUCAGGCAUAUUGUUUGGAGCACCGAAGUUACAUUAAGCAUCAUUGUACAAAAGCCAACAAACGAGAUGUGACUGUUGUUAUAUGUCCCCUUUGUGCCAAAGGAGUUCGCCUAAUUCCAGAUCAAGAUCCAAAUAUAACGUGGGAAAAACAUGUUGACACUGACUGUGAUCCAUCAAAUUAUGAGAAAGUCACAAAGAAGAAAAAGUGCCCGGCCCCAUUAUGCAGAGAGAUCUUGGUAUUCUCAAACACAAUUAAGUGCAGGGACUGCAUGGUGGACCAUUGUUUGAAGCACAGGUUUGGACCUGAUCACAAAUGUUCUGGGCCCAAAAAGUUGGAAACAAGUUUUUCAUUUAUGAGUCUUUUGAAUGGGAGUAGAAAAGAGGCGUCAAAGCCGAAUUUAACUUCAACCACGUCAUCUAAAUGGACUACAAGCUUGCUUAACGUGGCUUCUAAUCUUCGAGCUUCAGCUGAAGCUGGCAUGACAAAAUUGAGUGGUGAAAUUAACCAAGCUUGGCAAACAGCAAGGGAUGGGGUGGGACAGAGCAGUGGCAGUGGCAGUGGAAAUAGAAAUGAUCAAGUGGAGCAAUGCCCUCAGUGUGGAGCAAAGUUUUCCUCGGUCAGUACUUUGGUGGAUCAUGUGCAAAAAGUUCAUGAAAGGAAUAGAAACCAAUCUAGGGUGAAGAAGGUGACAAUUGAUGCAUGUCCCAAGUGUAGUAGAGGAUUUAUAGACCCGGUGUCCCUCGUGCAGCAUGUUGAGCGGGAUCAUGGUGGCAGUUCUGGAGCAUAA